AUGUUCUUCCGCGCGUCGAUCGCAUUCGCCCUCAUUGCCGCGAGCUCCCUUUCGCUCACCGCCGUGUUCAGCGCGCCGGUGGCCGCCCCAAACAGUGUUGUGGGCUUCGAGGCACGCGCAGCCGCGGCCGACUUCGUCCCGCUCGCAUGUGCCCGCCCCAAUCUCCAGGGCAACUGCAUCGCGUUAGGCACCACGAAGGGCGACGGCCCAGGGACCUGCACCAACCUGAUCUUCGAAGCGAAGUCCCUGCGGCUCAACCUCAACAACGACUGCGUCUCCUUCCCGGGACGGGACUGCAAACUCGACUUCGACAAGGGCGAGUCUGCGGUGGAGCACUUCUCCAACGACGCGGACAUCAACGACCUCAAGCUCAAGAUCGUGAGCGUCAGCUGCCAGUCGAUUCCGGGGCUUGUGAACGGACUGUUCCCUCAAUAA